UUAUAAUUUCUCGGUUUUUACAAAUCUUUUAGUUCUGUCUUAUUGAAUCAUCGUGAUAGUGUAUCAAUAAACAUUUUAUUUUAUUUAACUCUGUACAGAAAAAAUAUAAACCCAUACAUGUGUGUGUGUUUGCAUUAUAAACCGUAUUUAGCGAAGUAACAAGUAAACUUGGAAAGGAGUGUGUGGUACAAGUGUGCUCUACGUGGCAUAUGUAUACGCUUGCGAGAGCAAUCGAGCAACCAAAAAGUGGAGUGCGAUCAGUUGAUCAGUGCGAUCGUGGUACAGGCGUACAGGUGGUACAUUACAACUGACGACGUGAUUUAAUAACAUGUCACUUGCGUGGAAUCCUUCGAAAAAACACAGCGAACGUGAGAGAUGGGUGUGCAUCUAUCCAAUAUAUCUAAACAGCAAAAGAAGCUUAGCAAACGGGCGAAAGUUAGUCAAGGAUAAGUGUGUGGAGAAUCCAACGCAUCAGGAAAUACGGGACGUUCUACUGGCGGCGGGCCUCAACGUAGGCGUCGAGAAUAAGUUGCAUCCGAAGGAACGUAGCAAAGAACCUUUGUUUCGUGGUCGUAUUCGGGUGCAGCUGAAAAAUGACGACGGCACGCCUGUGCGGCCUGAGUUUCCCACUAGAUACUCCUUGCUGGAAUACGUUGGUACUUCAAUUUCAAAGCUGAAGACUCGCCAGGGUAAGCAGAGCUCAAGCGAGCAAGCAUCACAGCCAUCUGCAUCGACUUCGAAGAAGGGGAAGGGCAAGGGAAGGAGGUAAAGAAGAUUCGGAAUUGUUAAAAGAGUGAUUUUUUUAUUUAUAUAUAUUUUUUUACGUUAUAUAUACAAUAUUUGUACAUGUAUAUAUAUGCUCAUAUUAGGUUUAUGCUGUUCACAUAAUAUAUAAGGUAAAGAAUUAAAAUAAUAUUAUAAAUGAUG